CAUGGCUUCCCGAGGCUGCAUCCUGGCUGUCUUCGCCAUCUUCUUCAUCUCCAGGGUCCUCUGCUCACACAGAGCCCCAGUGGCCCCCAUGACUCCCUACCUGAUGCUGUGCCAGCCGCACAUGAGAUGUGGAGAUAAGUUCUACGACCCCCUGCAGCACUGUUGCUAUGAUGAUGCCGUCGUGCCCUUGGCCAGGACCCAGAGGUGUGGAAACUGCACCUUCAGAGUCUGCUUCGAGCAGUGCUGCCCCUGGACCUUCAUGGUGAAGCUGAUAAACCAGAACUGCGACUCAGCCCCAACCUCGGAUGACAGGCUUUGUCGCAGCUGAUGGAACAUCAGGGGAACGAUAACUCCUGGAUUCUGCUUCCUGGAUGGGCCUGGAGAAAGAGGCUGGUGUUACCUGAGAUCUGGGAUGCUGAGUGGCUAUUUGGGGGCAGGAGAAACACACUCAGCUGCCCACUUCAUUCUGUGGCCUCUCUGAGGUCCACCCUGCAGCUGUCCUGAGGAGGCCCACAGGUCCCCUUCUAGGAUUCUGGACAGCAUGAGAUGCGUGUGCUGAUGGGGGCCCAGGGACUCUGACACCUCAUGAUGACCCCUAUGGCUAACAUCAACCAGGCACCACCCCAAGGCUGGCUGGGGAACCCUUCACCCUUCCGUGAGAUUUUCCAUUCCCUUAAGUUCUCUUCUCUCCAGGAGCAAAGCACAGGACCAUAAUAAAUUUAGGUACAUUGUAAA